UGAAAAUAUCAAUUGACAACGAGAGUGACUCUGUCAAGCUCUAGGCCGCGAAUCCCGUGCUCCGCCGCCGUAAGCUCACCGCCCGUAAUACCGAUGGAUCCCAUCACCGUCUUCGACAAAGAGAGACACGUGUUCUUCCUUCAAGUGAUGCUCGACUCUCUGCCGGCGGAGUACGAGACCCAGGAGAUCAACACCCUCACCCUCGCCUACUUCGCCGUCUCCGCCCUCAAAAUCCUCGAUGCCCUAGAUCUCGUUGACAAGGUGCAGAUCGUGAAUUGGGUUUUAUCCUUUCAAGCCCACCCAAAGGACGAAUCCGAGUUGAAGAAUGGGCAGUUCUAUGGAUUUCAUGGGUCGAAAAGUUCUCAGUACUCAGAUGCCGAUUCAAAGGUUUCAGGUCACAAUGGCAGUCAUCUUGCAAGCACUUACUGUGCUCUGGGAUUGUUGAAGAUUCUUGGUUAUGAUUUUUCUAGAAUUGAUUCUGAGUCUAUUUUGAUUUCGAUGAGGAACCUUCAACAGAGUGAUGGGAGUUUUAUGCCCACACACAUUGGGGCGGAAACAGACCUACGAUUUGUAUAUUGUGCCGCUGCCAUUUGUUCUAUGUGCGAUAAUUGGAUUGGGAUGGACAAAGGAAAGGCCAAAGAUUAUAUAGUCCAAUGCCAGUCAUAUGAUGGUGGCUUUGGUUUAGUACCAGGCUCCGAAUCUCAUGGUGGUGCCACUUACUGUGCGGUUGCUGCUCUCCAACUAAUGGGUUUUAUUGAAGAUGAUAUCCUUAAUAAAUUUAGACCAUCCAGUGUGAUCAAUGUGCCAAUGCUAGUGGAGUGGAGCAUGCAGAGGCAAGCAGCUGAUGGAGGAUUUAAUGGCCGAGCUAACAAGCCCAGUGAUACUUGUUAUGCAUUCUGGGUAGGUGGGGUUUUGAAGAUGCUAGGAGCUUAUCAACUUCUUGAUAGGGUAGCUUUGCGGAGAUUUCUACUUUCUUGCCAAUCUCAGUACGGUGGUUUUACAAAGUUUCCUGAGAAUAUGUUGCCCGAACUCUAUCAUUCAUACUACGGGUUUUCCGCAUUAAGCUUGUUGGAGGAGCCAGGGCUCAACCCACUUUGUGUUGAACUAGGGUUUCCACUUUAAAUCCUAUUGCAAUUUGUGCUGUGUUCUCAUUACUCAAGGUAUGGAACUCAGAUUCAAGAUUUUGCGGGUGGCAGCUUCAGUAAAUGUGAAGUACAGUAUCUGAGAUUGGAAGAUAUGCAAAGUUACCGUGGAUUGAGAAACUGCUAUUCUGACAAAUAUUGUUACACUUAUUACUUAGUAUAUUAUUAUUAUUAUUAUUCUAAUGGAUGUGAAAUCAGGCUAUGAACUCUUUGAGCAUUCAUUGAUACCUUCAGUAUCCAAUGUUAAAUUUUUGCA